AUGCGGCUGUGCUGCGCGCAACAACCCACCAACAAUGCAAAACCACAGCAAACAAAAAGCAAUUUCACAGAGGCAUUUCUUCGAGCAGAUUGUGGGCACUUUCAUGGCAGAGUUGAGGGGCAAAUUCCACAACCUCCAGAGCUCUUUUCGGUGAGAGGAGGUGCAUAUGCACCUCCUUGCGCCUCUGUAGGUCCGCCUAUGGCCUGUCUUUCUAAAAUUUAA